AUGAAUAUUACAUUAAACAAAAUUAAUAAACCAAUAUCAAGUACGUUAAAUAAUCAUCAACAAGCUGGUGAAGCUUUACCAGAAUGUGAAACUAAAACAUCAAUCGUUGUGACAAAUACUAAUAAUACCAGUCGACAAGCCAGUACCACGGAACAAUUAGUUAUAUUAACAACAUCGGCUUUGGCGUUACCUCCGCCAUCGCCUGUAAUUCCACGAGAUUUAUGGACAAACAAAGUGGAAUUUCUUCUAUCGGUUAUUGGUUAUGUCGUCGACCUUGGAAAUGUUUGGCGAUUUCCUUAUAUGUGUUAUGACAAUGGUGGUGGAGCAUUUCUUAUUCCAUAUAUGAUAUUUUUAUGCCUUAUUGGUAUACCAAUGAUGUAUCUUGAAUUAUUUCUUGGUCAAUUUUAUCGUUGUGGUAAUAUAACACUUUGGGGUAGAAUAGCUCCAUCAAUGAAAGGUAUUGGUAUAGCAUCAUUUUGUAUUGUCACUGCAGUUACAUUAUUCUAUACGACAAUAAUUGCACAUGCUGUAUUUUAUCUAUUUUCAUCUUUUCGUGAAGUAAUGCCUUGGAGUUUAUGUUCACAUACAUGGAAUACAGCAGCAUGUUCGGAACGUAUGCGCAUUGAAAACUUCACUAAUCAAACUAAUCAAAUAAAUCUUAUUAAUUCAACUAUUCGACCGCAAAUCUCAUCAGCUGAUGAAUAUUAUCAUAUUUAUAUGUUGGGUCUUAAUCAUUCAAAAGGUAUAACUAAUUUGGGUUCUAUUAAAAUUGAUUUACUUCUAUGUCUUAUUUCAAUAUUUAUUCUUAUGUAUAUGUGUAUUUAUCGUGGAGUAAAAAGUACAGGCAAAGCAGUUUAUGUAACAGCUAUAUUACCAUAUCUUGUAUUAAUAAUAUUACUUAUACAAGGUCUUCAAUUAAAAGGUUCAGGUGCUGGUAUAUCAUAUUUUUUAAAACCAACAUAUAGUAAAUUACGAGAUAUGAAAGUUUGGUAUUCAGCAGCUAAUCAAAUCUUUUUUACACUUGGUCCUGGUAUAUCUGUAUUAACAACAUAUGGUUCUUAUAAUGUUUCAAAUAAUAAUUGUUAUUAUGAUGCAUUAAUUGCUGUUAUAGCUAAUUUUUCUGCAAGUUUUCUUGCUGGUUUUGUUGUAUUUUCAGCAUUAGGUCAUAUGUCAUGGCGUUUACAGAAAAAGAUUGAAAAUGUUGUUGAUCAAGGACCAAGUUUAUCAUUUAUUGCAUAUCCUGAAAUACUAGCAACAUUUGAACAUCCAACAUUUUUUUCAAUAUUAUUCUUUUUAAUGGUUAUUAAUUUAGGAUUAGAUAGUGAUUUUGGAGGUUUAGAAGCCAUGUAUUCAGCAUUAAGUGAUGAAUUUCCUUUAUUAAAACGUCAUAGAAAAUCUGGAAUGUUCAUUAUGUGUUGUAUACUUAUUAUUGCCUGUUUACCAACAGUCACGCAAGGUGGUAAUUAUAUCGUGCAAUUCUUGGAUAGAUUUUCAACAGCACCAGCACUUAUGCUUGUUGUCAUGAUGGAAGCGAUUGCUGCUAGCUGGGUUUAUGGAAUUAAUAAUCUUGUCAUUGAUAUACGUACAAAUCUUGGUUUUGAACCAAAUAGAUUCUUUCGUCUUGCUUGGACAAUUCUAUGUCCAUUUAUUAUCAUUAUACUUAUGAUUUUAUCUUUAACUUAUUCAGAUGAAUUAAAAUAUGGUGAUUAUACAUUUCCAUCAUGGUCAAUUGUAUUAGGUUGGUGUUUGAAUGUAGGCUUUAUUUUACCAAUUCCAAUAUGUAUUAUAUAUGCAUUUAUUCGUCAAUCGGAUUCAAGAAUUUCUUUAAAACAACGUAUUCGUCUAUUAUUCGUACCUGAUAUAACAAAAAGACAAAUAAAACAACAAAUUGACAAUGGUACUGGAUUUCUUAUGUCGUCAUCUCCACCUAUUUCCUAUGUUUAA